CGCGGGGCCAUUGCACUGGGCACAGGGGAUGGCGCCCGAGCUGCACGGCCUCCUGCUGCUGACGCUGCUGGUCUGGGUGGUGGCGGCCAGGAUCGGGGCCCCCCCGAGGCAGGGGGAGAUGGCCAGACGGGUCAACACCACAGAGUUGAAGGCUGCAGUCCUGCCCUGUGGAGGGUCCGGGGCUGUGUAUGGGGACCCCCCCACUCAGUUGUCUCUCUCCUGGCUGUGGAGGGGCCCGUGGGGCCAGGAGCUGCUGAGCCUGAACGCAAGCCUGGGGGAGCUGCCCCCCCGCACCAGGAUGGGCAUCGGGGUCUGGGGGUCACUGGUGCUGCCCAAUGUCUCCACCUCAGACGCAGGCGUCUACAGCUGCGAGUGGGACGGGGACAGCGGGGGAAACGUGCUGCUCAAUGUGCCAGGGAGCCGGGAGCUCUACAUCUCUGGGACCCAGGGGGGGCAGGUCGUGCUCCCCUGCGCCGCGGGAAAUGCCAGCGAGACCCCCGCUGUGGACUGGUUCAGGGAUACAGACAACAGGACCCAACAGUUUCGCCACGCUGGCCCACGGCACUGGCCCAAAGGCAACACCCUGCGCAUCAAGGGGCUGGAAUCAGGGGACGCCGGGCGGUACUGGUGCCGGGCCAGGAACCAGAGCUGGACCGUGCACCUGCACCUGGGAGGGGAGCUGUCAUUCUCGGUGCUGGCCGGGGACACGGCCCGGCUCCCCUGCAAUGGCUCCAUGCCAGACGCCUGGGUCCAAGGCUCCUUGGCCUGGAAGCGGCUGGGCCCGGGGGUCUCGUGGAAGCAGCUGGUGGAGCUGGCGGCUCGGCGCUACGGAGCCUACAUGUUUCAGCUCUCCCUGGGCACUGGAGCAGCCCUGGUGCUGCCGGCAGUGACGCUCGACCAGGCCGGGACCUACCGCUGUGUCCGGGGCAACCACAGCCACGCCGUGGAGCUGGAGGUCACGGCCCACACAGGAGGGUGGCAGCCCUGGAUCGUGGGGGCUGCGGGACUUGGAUACGUUGCUGUUGGCCUGGCCUCCCUGUUUGGAUACUACCAGAUCCGCCGAGCUCUGCAGACCAGAAGGAGGAAGAAAUGCCUGAUGGAUCCGGCCAGGAGGUUUUUCAAGGUGACUGGGAACGGGGCUCACACCCCUUAUGGGAAUGUCCUGCCCCUUGCAGACACUGCUGGUGUGGGGCAGACGGUUGCAGUGCCCUAUGAGAUCGUGGCACUGGGUGCAAGAGGGCAGGGGAGGCCACUGCCUGCAGAGGGGCCCAUCAGUGCUGCCGUGUCAGAGGACGAGGAGGAGUACGAGCACCCGGACAGUGAGGAAGAACCAGCAGCCGAGGAUGGUGAUGGCUAUGAAAACACCAACGGGGACAUGAAACUGUGCAUGGGGGACAAGGGGUCCAGCGACGGUGCCUGCUACGAGAACAGUCUGGAGGAGAACAGAGCAGGAGGCAACUGGGCUUCAGAUGCUUCCCACUACAUGAAUGCUCGCCAGGGCCCUGGGGCCGAAGACGAGGUCUCUGAAGGCAGCGAGUGUUACGAGAACACGGAGGAGGACAGCGCCCCGCUGAGCCCUGGAGCUGCGCGGCUCGUAACAGACCUGCGGAUGUUGUUGCUGCUGGGUGCGUGUGAGGAGCCGGAGCGGGAUCGGCAGGAUGGACACAGCGAGGACUCUGCUGGUGAGAGGGGCUGGGAGCUCCCCAGGGAGGGCGAGAGGGCCCCCCGACCUUUCCCUGAUGCCCCCUUGUUCCCCACAGGCUCCCAGGCCUAUGAGGAGAUGGCCGGGGCUCUGUAUGCAGCCCCUGCCCGGCAUCUCCGCCUACGGGACCGCAGCCAGGAGGAAGACGCUGAUUCCUAUGAGAACAUGGAGGGGGGGCCGGGCUGCGUCCUGCCCCCCUGGGAGGGGAGCGUGGAGCUGCGUGGAGACGCUGCUGGGCUGAGGGCCCCAGGGCCCGUCGGAGCUGAACCCGCCAGGCGGGCGGUGCCCCGGAGCCUCGCUCGGGACUAGGACACGCCGCCCCUGGGCGAAGACAGGCAGCGAGAGAAUCUGAGCCCGUGAGCACAGGGCUCUCGGGGAGGGCCCCGCGCCCCCACGGCUCCGCUCCCCAUCCCGGCCCCACGUCCUGGGCCCCACUGCUGGGGACGGCCCCAAAGCUGCGGGGGGCCCGUGGGCUCCAGACACUGUUCCCAUGGCUCUGCAAUGGCCAGCUGCUAACACCGUGCCCCCAGGUGCCUCUGGCCUGCCCCCCCCCGGGCUCGGCUGCCCCACAAGGACAGCUCCAUCCAGCUGGGCUGGACCGCAGUCCCUCGGCGUCUGACAUGUGCAUGUCCAGGCUGGGGACAGGGCCCCCCCAGUGCCUGUACCCCCCCCGAUGACAUGCUGGGGACAGCCCCCUCCCCCCCAGUGUCUGUACCCGCUCCUCUGAUAACAUGCUGGGGACAGGGCCUCUCAGUGUCUGUACCCCCCCAUGACACGCUGGGACAGGGACCCUCAGUGUCUGUACCCCCCCAAUGGCAUACUGGGGACAGGGCCCCCCCAGUGCCUGUACCCCCCCGAUGACAUACUGGGGACAGGGCCCCCCCCAGUGCCUGUACCCCCCCCGAUGACAUGCUGGGGACAGGGCCCCCACAGUGACUGUACCCCCCCGAUGGCAUACUGGGGACAGGGCCCCACAGUGUCUGUACCCCCCCCCCGAUGACAUGCUGGGGACAGGGCCCCUCAGUGUCUGUACCCCCCCCCGAUGACAUACUGGAGACAGGGCCCCCACAGUGCCUGUACCCCCCCCGAUGACAUGCUGGGGACAGGGCCCCUCAGUGUCUGUACCCCCCCCCGAUGGCAUACUGGGGACAGGGCCCCCCCAGUGCCUGUACCCCCCCCCGAUGACAUGCUGGGGACAGCCCCCUCCCCCCCAGUGUCUGUACCCGCUCCUCUGAUAACAUGCUGGGGACAGGGCCUCUCAGUGUCUGUACCCCCCCCAUGACAUGCUGGGACAGGGACCCUCAGUGUCUGUACCUCCCCGAUGACAUACUGGGGACAGCCCCCUCCCCCCCCCAGUGUCUGUACCCGCUCCUCUGAUAACAUGCUGGGGACAGGGCCCCCACAGUGCCUGUACCUCCCCGAUGACAUACUGGGAACAGGGUCCCCACAGUGUCUGUACCCCCCCAUGACACGCUGGGACAGGGACCCUCAGUGUCUGUACCCGCCCCCCUGACACGCUGGGACAGGGACCCUCAGUGUCUGUACCCGCCCCGCUGAUGACAUGCUGGGAACAGGGUCUACACCAGCACCAGUCCACACCCUCCCUAGCAGCAGUCUCUCCUCCACACAUCUCCACUGCCCCUUGGCCUGAAGUGUCUGAAGAGCAGGGGCCACGGCAGGCAACCCCCGCCCACCCCAGUGUGCCUCCAUCCACAAUAAAUCCUGUUAUCCUUGG